AACAUAUUUCACAAAGAAAUGGGAUCAUGUAGUUGAACUUUUUUUUGGAUAUCAGGUCUUGUUUGUAAACCUCACUCUUAGAAGAAAUAUAAACAUAUUCUGUGUUUGCUGUUGUAAAUAUGGCUAAUGUUUUUUGAUUCUAUGAAUAAGAUAAAGAUGGAUCUUUGGCCGUGGGAAAAAUACAAUUAAGUUAUGAAGUCAAAAUUCCUUUGGAACUAAUAAGUAUACAGCUAUAGGAAAAGUAACGUUAAAGCAGUACGCAUUUAAGUAACAGAGGUAUAGAAUGAGAGGAAAAUAGCUUCCAACUGGAGUCACCAGGAAAGGAUUUUAAAGGCAAUGGUAUUUUAUCUUGUCCUUUAAGAAGGUAGUGUUGGUACUGAUGAAAGAAGUCAAAGAAGACUUCAGCAGAGAGACAUAUUGUGGUCGUGGAAUGGAAAACUCAAUAUUGUUAAGAUAUCAGUUGUCCCUAAACUGAGCUAUGGAUUCAGUACAAUACAAUUCAAGGAUUUUUUUGUAGAAAUAAAUAUACUGAUUCUAAAAUAUGUAUCAAUAGUCAACAGAACUAGAAAAGUCAAAAUGAUUUUGAAAACGAACAACAAAGUUGCAAGACUCACAUCUACUUGAUUUUAAGAUUUUAAAAGUCACACAAUCAAGACAGUUCUGUAUUGGUGAAAGAAUAGAUGCAUAGGUCAAUGAAAAGAAUAGAGAUUCAAGAAAUAGACCCUUAUGUAUACAUACAUAAAGUGAACUGAUAUUUGACAAAUAUAGAAAGUUACAUAGCUAAAAGGAGAAACCUUAAAAUGAUCCUCCAGCCAUACCUCAAAUUCUGUACAAAACAUUAACUCAAAAUGGAUCAUAGGCGUAAAUGUAAAACCUAAAACUAUAAAACUUUAGUAAAAAACACGAGAAAAUAUUUGCGACCUUGGAUUAAGCAAAGAUUUCUUAGCUAUGACACAAAAGCACAGUCUCUAAAAAAAUAUGAACUUUUGUUCUUCAAAAGGCCCUGUGAAAAGAGUGAAAAAGGGAAUACUUACAAAUUACAUAUCUCAUAAAGGACUUGUGUCCAGAGUAUAUAAGGAACUCUCAAAACUUAAUUAAAAAAAAAGAAAAACUAAUUUAAAAAAUAGGCGAAAGUUUUGAACAAAUACUUUACUAAAGAAGAUAUAUAGACGUUAAAACACCUAAAAAGAUGCUCAACAUUAUUGGUAGGGAAAUACAUACUAAAACCAUAUGAGGUAUUAAAACUGCAAUGAGUGCUGCUAUACAUACACCUCUUAGAAUAUCUAAAAUUAAAAACAAAAACAAUAUCAAGUGCUGGUCAGAAUGGUGAGCAACUGCAAUACUCAUAUAUGGAUAGUGGAAUGCAAAGUGCUUUGGAAAACGGUUUCACAAUUUUUUAUAAAGUUAUACAUGUAUGUAUUUUAUGACAAAGCAAUUUUACCUCUGAAUAUUUGCCCAAAUAAAGUGAAAACUACAUUCACACAAAAACUCAUGUAGAUGUUCAUAGUGGCUUUAUUCAUAUUAAUAAAAAACAAAACAACUCAGAUAUUGCUCAACUGGGAAAUGGAGAAACAUUUAAACAUUCAUCUGCAUAAAGAACAAACUGCUGCUACAGUGUUGAUAAAAACAAGUGUAUUAUGCUGUGUAACAGAUGCCAGACUCAAAAGACAUACUGUAUGAUUUUAUUUAUGUGAGAUUCUGGAAGUUCGUUUAGUGUGGUGGGAGUAGACUUUUGGGUUGUAGGUGUUGAUAGGGCAUUCAGGUUCCUUGGAGUGCUCCAUAGACCGUUCUUGAAUUGGAGGUAAAGUCCAUAGUAGAGGAAGUCAGCCUUGAGAUAGGAGGAAAGAUAGGGAGCACAGGUAGGAUAAGGAAUGUUAGGUGUAGAAGAACAGAGUGUUAGGAAAGUUUUUUGACAAUACCUUGAAUUAGAUAGUAUAGAAAUUAGUCUCAUAUGUUAAGAGUAAGAGAAAGAUUGAGAGCUGAAGUGUGUAGAACCAGUUUAGUACAGCUGGUGUAACAAAGGCUAAAAGGGGUUAAAUGAGUAUCCCUGAAGGCCAGCUGAGAUUAAACACAGAAUUUCAACUACAUGGUUUCCUGACUUUGUUUAGCCAUGUUCCAUAUCCCCAAACAUGGUGAUAAAGGCAUAAGGAAGGGGUUUUUCUAUGGAUGGUUUGCAUGACUAGCAUGGCAGAAAGUUAAGGAGGUAAGUAGUUAUUUCUGAAGCAGAGGGGAGGAUCAUUUAAUUGGCUGAGCCAUGAAGUCCAUGUCAUGAUAAGGAGCUUGUUAAGAUAUGAUAGUAAGUUACAAUGACUUUUGACUUGCCUUAACACUAUUAUAUUUUCUUCAUGAAGAAGUACCCUUAGAAAAGAGACCCUCAGAAGAGUCUUCUCUUAAGAAGAUAAAGAAGGUAGUGGAAACGAGCAUCCUGAGCUUUUCAGGCCCUAAAUGGCUGAAGAAUCAAGAAAACCUUCAGCCCCAUCCCCACCAGACCAGACUCCUGAAGAGGAUCUUGUAAUCAUCAAGGUAGAGGAGGAUCAUGGUUGGGACCAGGAAUCUAGUCUGCAUGAAAAUAACCCUCCUGGCCAAGAACUGUUCCGCCUGCGUUUCAGGCAGUUAUGCUAUCAGGAGACACUAGGACCCCGAGAAGCUCUGAUCCAACUACGGGCACUUUGCCAUCAGUGGCUGAGGCCAGAUUUGAACACCAAGGAGCAGAUCCUGGAGCUGCUGGUGCUGGAGCAGUUCUUGACCAUCCUACCGGAGGAGCUCCAGACUCUGGUUAAGGAACAUCAGCUAGAGAACGGAGAGGAGGUGGUGACUCUAUUAGAGGAUUUGGAAAGGCAGAUUGAUAUACUAGGACGACCAGUGUCAGCUCGUGUACAUGGACAUAGGGUACUCUGGGAGGAGGUAGUACAUUCAGAAUCUGCACCAGAGCCUCCAAGUACUCAGCUCCAAUCUGAGGCAACCCAGCAUAAAUCUCCAGUGUCCCAAGGGUCACAAGAGAGAGCCAUGUCUACUUCUCAGAGUCCUACUUCUUCCCAGAAAGGAGGUUCUGGAAACGAGGAAAUGACAGCUACACUUCUCACAGCAGGAUUCCAGACUUUGGAGAAGAUUGAAGACAUGGCUGUGUCCCUUAUUCGAGAAGAGUGGCUUCUUGAUCCAUCACAGAAGGACCUGAGUAGAGAUAACAGGCCAGAAAAUUUCAGAAACAUGUUCUCCCUGGGUGGUGAGACCAGGAGUGAGAACAGGGAAUUGGCUUCAAAACAGGUAAUAUCCACUGGAAUCCAACCACAUGGAGAGACAGCUGCCAAAUGCAACGGGGAUGUUAUCGGGGGUCUUGAGCAUGGAGAAGCCCGAGACCUUCUGGGCAGAUUAGAGAGGCAGCGGGGAAAUCCUACACAAGAGAGACGACACAAAUGUGAUGAAUGUGGGAAGAGCUUUGCUCAGAGCUCAGGCCUUGUUCGCCACUGGAGAAUCCACACUGGGGAGAAACCCUAUCAGUGUAAUGUGUGUGGUAAAGCCUUCAGUUACAGGUCAGCCCUUCUUUCACAUCAGGAUAUCCAUAACAAGGUAAAACGCUAUCACUGUAAGGAGUGUGGUAAAGCCUUCAGUCAGAACACAGGCCUGAUUCUGCACCAGAGAAUCCACACUGGGGAGAAGCCGUAUCAGUGCAAUCAGUGUGGGAAGGCUUUCAGUCAGAGUGCAGGCCUUAUUCUGCACCAGAGAAUCCACAGUGGGGAGAGACCCUAUGAAUGUAAUGAGUGUGGGAAAGCUUUCAGUCAUAGCUCACACCUCAUUGGACAUCAGAGAAUCCACACUGGGGAGAAGCCCUAUGAGUGUGAUGAGUGUGGGAAAACCUUCAGGCGGAGCUCACAUCUUAUUGGUCAUCAGAGGAGCCACACUGGGGAGAAACCCUACAAAUGCAAUGAGUGUGGGAGGGCCUUCAGUCAGAAGUCAGGCCUUAUUGAACAUCAGAGAAUCCACACUGGAGAAAGACCCUAUAAAUGUAAAGAAUGUGGGAAAGCUUUCAAUGGGAACACUGGUCUCAUUCAACACCUGAGAAUUCACACAGGGGAGAAGCCCUACCAAUGUAAUGAGUGUGGGAAAGCCUUUAUUCAGAGGUCGAGUCUCAUUCGACAUCAGAGAAUCCACAGUGGUGAAAAAUCUGAAUCUGUAGGAGUUUAGGAACAACUUCAGUUAUCGUUUGAGCAUUAUUCAGCAUUAGAGAAACCGCACACUGGUGAGAGGUCUUUCAGUGUACUAAAAAGCAGAAAGGUCAUUGCAACUUUAGUGCCAGAAUCUAUAGUGGUGGCAAAGUUAGAAUAGCUUUUUAGUAAUUUGGGCCCAGUGCCUUCAUGAAGAUUGAUUAGCUUGACUGUCUUUGAAAGUAUCUGAUGGAGCUCCUGAUGGCCUAAUAUAUCCUUUAGAAAUUUAAAAUAGCAUUAGAGCAAGUUGCUUGUCAUGGCUUGAGGCACUUAAUUUUGUCUUUUGGGUGAGUAGCUAUAGGAUUGAGAGAGGCUGCUACUCCUAGUUCCUCUGCUUCUUCCUAUCUCUUGUGAUCCCCCUCCCAUUUAUUCCCUUGAAGGUGCCCUUGUAUUCCUAAUCUGAUCUAAGAAGCUGCUCUAGAGUCAGAAGUAGCUUCUAUGUGAAACUUAUAUUUGUAUGUAGCUUUCUAGAAAAAUUUUUACAGACACUUAAUGUAUUUAUGCUUAAGUAUGCAUUUUUUUAUUCUAAAUUUCCUCUAGUCACUGGGAAUUUGUAUUCCCAUACAAACUCAGAAUGCUAUAUUUUUAACAGCACUCAUUUUUCUUCAUAUAUGACCUUCACUGACUCCAUUGAGUCACUAAGCAUUCAUGCAUAUCCUUCAUCACCCCCAGUCCCGGUACCUGUGUCAGCAUAGGAAGUGGGUACACCAGUGAUGAUUAUGGGAGUUAAUACAGAGAAAGAAGUGAGUGGAAACUCAGCCCAGCUGUUCUUGAGCUUGGAUAGUUAUACAUUUUGGUGACUUACGACUCUCCUUCCACCUCCCCACUGUACACUGUGGUACAAAUAGAUGCUUGCACUAUCCUAGUUAUGGCAUCAGAUAGGAGAAGGAGACAGAGGUGCUUUAGGAAGACAAAACUCCUUACAAAGAAUGUAUACUCAUCCUUUUUGGCCCAUUACAGUACUGCUUACUCAGGUUCUUAUCAGCCUGUGCAAACUCCCUGACAAGAUAGUCUGUCACUCCUGUCAUUACCUUGCACCCACCUCUGUAGAUGGCCUCAGCACCUCACUCAUUAUUCUCCAUCUGUUUCUUGCCAUUAGUUUAUAUGACUUUAAUAUCCACAGUGAUAAUCUAAUACCUUACCUUACAGUUUUUCAUUCUUUUGAACUCUGGUGCACUGCAUCCGUAAUCCAUGUCUGUAAUCUACCAACAAAGAUAUACUGUUAAACUCACUAUCAUCAGGUACUAUAUUUCAUCUUUGAGGCUUUCACUAUACCAAGGAAUACUGUAUAAAGUAAUGAGACUUGUUUAAAGUAACAUGCCAGAACUUACGCAUCCAAUGUGGGUUAUCACUUGUUAUUCCCAAGUACUGUUAUUCCAGUAGUACUACUAUAUGCUUCCAAAUAUUUGGAACACUCUUAGAAUUCCCAUUUAAUAAACAAUAUGAGAAAACCUUCUGUUACACUUCAUUUUAAUCAUUUGAGUAGCCACUGAUUUACCAGAGUUGGAAUUGAGUAAUUUUUGGCUUACCAAAAUUUACCUUCAAACUUAAAAUUGAUUCCAUUAAACCUAUUCAGAAGAAAAUUAUAUAGGUUCUGGUGAAAAGUUCACGAUUUUACCCUGUGACUGUCCUGAAAAGGAAUAACAGUUAAUCAUAUUAUUUUUUAUUGAUGAGUCAGAAAAAGCAAUGAAAAUCUUUCCUCAUAGAGGACCACCUUUUGAGUCAUCAAUUCUUUCCCUAUAACUUUCCUUCUCUGCCUCCCUAAAGCCCUUGACCACCAACAUCAUAGUUAAUCUACAUCAAUUUCAUUAAGCAGUUGGUGAAUGAAGGCACCCAUCAUUUGUCACAUUGGUUUUCAACAGUCCUUUUCAUUGUCAUUUAUUUUCUUAUCCUCCCGUCUCGUUUCUUUUUUUGAUUUAUAAGUUACCAUUCCUAAUUUCUUUGUACUUGAAAUUUCAAGAAACCAAAAACAAGUAAGUCUGAUUGUGUCUAGAUCUUCACUCUCUGUUUUCAGUUGUGCCUUACGCUUUGUAAGAUACCGAUUCUUCCUGGGGCCAGUACUACGUUGUAUGCAAAUAUUAAGUAUGAUGGCUUCAUUGUCAGAGGGAAAAUACGUGUGUGUGCACGUGUAUGUACACACAUACCUGCUGUACACUUAGGAAUAGAGGAACAGUUCCCUUCUAUUCCAAUAAAAAGCCCUUUUAGCAAAGCAACAUAAUAACAAGAUUGGGUACAUUCAGGGUGGUAUGGCCAUAGACCAGAACAACAUAUUGAAGUAUGUACAGAUGUACCAGCUAAAGUCUCUUUAUGCAUCAGUAUUCAGAGUAAUGUAUAGCCAGAUUACUUAAAUCUCAGAAUUACUAAGCAUCUGGCAUAAAUUCAGAGAAAAUAAUAUGACUAGAAAAAUUAGUGUUAUGUUGGGGUAUGUGAAAAGACUGUGUCUUGAAAGAAUUAUCAAAACUGAUACAGCACAUACAUACAAUUAGCCAAAUAGUAUAACACAAUAGAAAAAGGCUGUGGAUUCUUUGAGGACAUCAGCAGAAGUCAUUCUUUGUCUCAAGUUCACACUGUUAGCGUAGAAUACUGUUGACUAGACUAUAUGACAUUCUGAGCUCUUAAAACUGUGAAUGGCAUGCACUAAGCUCCUUUAUCCUACAGAUUCUAUCUUUAUGUUCAUCUGAAAUGAAUGGUUCAUCAGUACUUUCUCCUCCCAUCCUAAGCUUCUCAUUUUAGGACCUAACAUGAUAAGGUGGUUCUUCCAUAAUUCUUAACGCCAUCCAACAUAGCCCUGGAAGAGGCAUCUUAGGUUUCAGAGAUUUUCUCCAUGGGGCAAUGUGCAGUACUAGAAUGUGUGGUUGAUUCCCAUACAGAGCAGUUAACUUCACUCUUGGUUCUGAGUCUCCAGAUAAUAAACGCUGACAUUUAUUAAGCACUUAGUGUGCCCAACCCUGUUACGCCUUUCUCAGGGUAAUGAUAGGUCUUUUCUCAUGCUGCUAAUAAAGACGUACCUGAGACUGGGUAAUUUAUAAAGGAAAGAGGUUUAAUGGACUCACGGUUCCACAUGGCUGGGGAGGCCUCACAAUCAUGGCAGAAGGCAAGGAGGAGCAAAUCAUGUCUUACAUGGAUUGUAGCAGGCAAAGAGAGAACUUGUGCAGGGGAACUAAACUUCUCUUUAUAAAACCAUCAAAUCUCAUGAGACUCAUUAUCACAAGAACAGGGCAAGAAAGUUCCGCCCCCAAGAUUCAGUUACCUCCCACUGGGUGCCUCCCAUGACACAUGGGAAUUGUGGGAGCUACAAUUCAAGAAGAGAUUUGGAUGGGGACCCAACCAAACCAUAUCAGUAGGUAUUAUUUUAUCCCCCAUUUUAUAGAUGAGGAAACGAAGGCUUAGAGAGUUGAAUAAGUUGACGGAUGUCACAUAGCCAGUAAGUGAUACAACAGAUUCUGACCCACAGGGUUUGAUUCUAGAGCCUAUGCUCCUGACUACUGUGCUAUGCCGUGUAUGAUGAACAUGAUAAUUCUAGCUAGCUGUUUAAAA